AUGAAAGAAGAAAAUCGUCAAUUAUUAUCUAAAUUAGCAAAUUUGGAAAAUGUAUUUAAGUCCGGUCCAUCAAAAAAAAUUUCAACAAUGCCUAUAUCAUAUAAUACACUUCAUCUAAAUCAUACGAAUCAUACAACAGGAAACCUAAGUAGCACCGAUAACGAUGACGACUAUUGUAGUAUAUUAACAAAUUCUAGAAAAAGAUCUUCUCGUAAAUCUCGACAUCGUAGUUCUGGAUAUUCUUCAAGUAGCAAUGCUGCUACAACAAAACAUUCUUAUUUAUUCUCUUCUACAUCUGCUACGAAUAAUGGUGAUACCGAUAUUACGGGUUUUAGUUCUGAUGAUGAAGAUGAUCAACUUGUGGUUGAUGAAAAAGCUGAAGCUGGAAAUAAA